UCUUCUUCUUCUUCCUUUGACGAGCAGACUAGUUCACUCAAGUUUCAAACAUGCCCAACUCGGUGUCUUCCAACGCCGUCUAGGGUUUCUCCGCUUCCAUUCUCCUGAUUAUACUUGGUGACAAGAAAUAAACUACUGCUGCUCUAAGUCGCAGAGAAAUGAGUAGAAGCAGCAGGAAACGUUCUUCUAAAUGGGAUUUGCCUGAAGAACCUCAAUUUGAAGAUUCUAACAUACCAGAUGAUGGUUGGAUGGGAAAAGCAGGUAGGCCAUUUCAUCAUAAAGAAUCUGGACGGGAGUGGCACUCUCCUGAGCUUGGUGGUAGUAAUGCUUCAAAAUGGUCUGGUUUAGAGACAAAUGAUAUGCAGAGAUCUAAGCGUAGUUCAGGAUUGCCAUCCAGGGAACCUUUACCUGGAAGCAGAAGCUUACAUAGAAAUGAAAGUAUAAGUAAGGGUGGCAGCAGAUAUACUGAAGACUCCAUGGUCUGGGAUGAAGAAGGAAAUUGCAGCACAAGGAUGUCUCCUGGUCUGGAUGAGUGGAGACAACAUCGCAGUCGGUCCCCCAAAGGUGGUUGGAGCAGGCCACUGAGGGGUAGGAGCAGAAGUAGAAGCUGGACCAGGAGUAGAAGCCAGAGCUGGAGCAGGAGUCCAGAUCGUGGCUAUAGGCGAGAAUCAGUUUUCCUUGACAGAAGUAGAAGCAGAUCCGGAGUUUCAGCUCAAGUGUGCAAGGAUUUUGCUGGUGGAAGAUGCAGGAGAGGAAGUGAUUGUCAGUUACUACAUGAGGGUAAUUCCAAUUAUGAUGAUAGCUGGGAAGGUAGGCCCAGGAAAGGCAGUGUUUCAAAAUACUCUACAACACCUGUUAUAGGGGAUAAUCCAUCAAAGAGUGGACGGUCUUCAUAUGGUAGUGAGUACGUGAAUGGGAUGUCUAGGAGGGAGACAUCUAGCAAGUUUGAUAAUCACCGAGUUUCAGAUGGGUUCAGUAAAGGUAAUGCGAAUGAUACUAUUAGAGACAGGGACAAUGAUAGAGAAAGGGAAAGUGAUAGAAGGAGAAGAGAUGCUUCUCCAGAGCGAGGUGCUGAGCGUGAGUUCCACAGGAGUAGUGAUAUUCCUUGCAAAUUUUUUGCCGCAGGAAAUUGUCGGAACAAAAACUUUUGUCGGUUUUCCCAUCAUAUUCAAUCACAUGUAAGCACUGAAAGAAGGUCGCGGGAUGACAGGUGGGGAUCGAGCCACAAUUUCACUGAUACAGACCAGGCAUGGAAUGGUCCAAAAUGGAAUGGUAGUGCAUCAGAUUCUGCAAAGUUGAGCCCUUCAGAUAGUAGCGGAAGACCACAGGAUGGCAGAUGGGCCCUGGACCAAAAUAUAAAUGAUGCAGACCAUCCAUGGGAUGGUAAAAAAUGGAGUGAUUCUGUAGCUCCUCCAGAGUCGGCAAAGUUGGCUGCAGAUAAUAAGAUUAAUAACGGGAAUAUUGGUGUUCUGGAGCUAAGGUCAAAUGCUUGGUCUAUGAAUGAUAAUAGAUGGGGGCAUGGUCCGAACAACGAGAAAGAAAUGUGUGUUGAUCCAAGUGCUAGUCAUGAAGCAGCCAAGAAAAAUGAGAAGGAAGUACAACUGUGGAAGGAUGAUAAAGUAGGUGCUAAGUCAAAAGAUACUGAAAAAUGGCUUGGUGAUAUGUCUCCAGAUUGGAAUUACACGUUGCAAUCCUCCAACAUUGGGAAAGAAGAGCACGGUCAACGGGGUUCUAAAAUCUCAAGACUCGUUGAUACUUCUAUAAAUGCUUGCAAGCAAGAUAUGUCUCCGGAUUGGAAUUAUACAUUGCAGACACAAAAAAAUAUUAGCAGAGAAGAGCACAGUCACAUUGCACGGGGCUCAGAAUCUUCAAGAGUUGAUGAUACUUCUCAAAAAGCCAGCAACCAAAAUAUAAUGCGAGAAGCUGCAGGCCAGGUACACAGUGGUGCUUCUGUUAUGCAACCAAUGAUAGCCGAAAGAUCUAGUUAUCUACUUGAUGGCAAAAAUGCAACUGAUGGAACUGCUAGUUCUCAUGCUGAUCUCAAUGUUUCUGCAAAUAUCAUGUCACACCAAAGCUUUGACCAUGGUGUGCAGAGUUCAACUGCUUUUCCGUAUCCUGGCUUGAACACAAUUGGGCAUAGUCAAGCACCUAUCCCAACUCACACCCAAGGACUUGUAAGUCCACAAGAUACACUGCCUGCACAGAGGAAAUCAGUAAUCAAGUUAGAUAUUGGGGAUCCAAAUACACCACUAGUUACUGGCCUUCCUCCAGUGCCUAAUGUGGUAGGUGGUAAAGAUCUCACACAACUAACCAGUCUUUCAGCCUCUCUGGCUCAGUUAUUGGAAAAUGGACAUCAGCUUCCACAGCUUUAUGCUGCUUUAAAUUCUCAUAAUGCAUUGAAUGCUCCUUCGUUUCCCAAAUCAGAAGGAUCUUCUGGUCAGCUCUCAGCUAUUCAGCCGGACCCAGCCAUGUUGUCUCAGAAGCAGGAACAGAGUAACAACUCUGCGAGCCUGGUGUCAAAUAGCACGGGGAAGACAAAUUUUGAUGGAAAUCUAAAUAAGCCGUCAAAUGAUAACCAUCAUAUUCGUAAUUCAGUAGAGGAACCUAGGCGCAAGAGCCACCAGCCUGAUGGACAUAAUAAGCAUGGCCUUGAUGGAAGAAAAAAAGUAGAAGAAGAGAACAACUCCCCAGAAAAUGAUCCCUUGGAGAUCACAGAUAAAGAGGGGGCUGGUGAGGGCAAGAAACUCAAGGAAGUGAAGGGUAUUCGUGCAUUUAAAUUUGCUCUUGCGGAGUAUGUGAAGGAUCUUUUAAAACCCUCAUGGAAAGAUGGUCAAGUCAGCAAAGAUGCCUACAAAACCAUAGUGAAGAAGGUCGUUGACAAAGUAACUGGUACCAUUCCAGCGGCUAAUAUUCCACAGACACAAGAAAAGAUUGAUAGUUAUUUGUCAUUUUCAAAACCAAAGCUGACAAAACUUGUACAGGCAUAUGUGGAAAAAAUGCAGAAAGGCUAAACAGGAGGAAAUGGUGUUGAUUUUUUUUUUUUUGUGUCUUAUGGACAGCAUCGCAUCCCCAGUCUCGCACCCUCUGGACAUAUUAGCUUUCCGUCCUGUUUAUGUAUACUAAUUCAGUCGAGGAUAGUGAAACUUAGGACUGAAUAAUAGAGAAUGCUAGCAUUUGAUUACUUUUGUUGAAAUGUUUCUGCCUUCUUUUGUUUCUUAGUUUGUUAAAAUGGUACGCGGUAUUCAGAAAUUGUUGGUGGCUUCCCAUGCGCUUUUCACCUUUUCAACUUAGUUCUUGUAAUUUUCAUUUAAAGCCAAGCUUUUCCCAUGGGGCUAAUUCUUGUACAUGUAACUUUUGGUUAUUGACGUUGGUGGUUAUUGCAACUUCCGACUUUCAUCUUGCUACAAAUGCAAUUAUUCCAGUUUGC